AUGGCUAACAUCCACAAUGUGACUGAGUUCAUUUUUCUUGGACUUUCUCCUAACCAGGAAGUGCAGAGAAUUUGCUUUGUGAUAUUUCUGGUCUUGUACACAGCAAUUAUACUGGGGAAUUUCCUCAUUGUGCUCACUGUCAUGACCAGCAGAUGUCUUGGAUCCCCCAUGUACUUCUUCUUCAGCUACCUGUCCUUCAUGGAGAUCUGCUAUUCCUCUACUAUAGCUCCUAAGCUCAUCUCAGAUCUGCUGGCUGAAAGGAAGUCCAUAUACCUGUGGGGCUGCAUACAGUUUUUCUUCCUCUACUUCUUUGGAGGCACUGAGAUUUUAUUGCUCACAGUUAUGGCCUAUGAUCACUAUGUAGCCAUUUGCAAGUCCCUGCACUAUGACAGCAUCAUGAACCAUCGGGUGUGUGCUAUCCUCAUGGGAAUAGCAUGGGCAGGAGUCUUCAUGCAUUCCUUUGCGCAGAUCCUUCUCAUUUUCCACUUGCCCUUCUGUGGCCCCAAUGUCAUCAACCACUAUUUCUGUGAUGUACUUCCUCUGCUUAAACUUGCCUGCUCUGAUACCUUCCUCAUCGCUGUGAUUUGUUUUUUGGUCCUCUUAGCAUCCUAUGUGGUCAUUUUGUUCCAUCUGAGGACACGAACCUCUGAGGGGCAGUGCAAAGCACUUUCCACCUGUGGGUCUCAUGUCACUGUUGUUAUAUUGUACUUUGGUCCUUGUGUUUUUAUUUAUUUGAGACCUUCUACCACUCUGUCUGUUGACAAGUUGGUAGCCAUGUUCUACACGGUGAUAACACCAUUCCUCAACCCUGUCAUCUAUUCCCUGAGAAAUGCUGAAGUGAAGAAGGCCAUGAAGACUUUAUGGGUCAGGAUAAUGAAACUAGGUGAGAAAUAG